GAGAGAGAUGAGUAAAAAGUAGAGGUAUUUAUGCCCAUUUGCAAAGAUAAUUUUAAAAAUAAUAAAAAAAUUUAUGAUGAAUUGUAAAUAGUAAAAAAUGUUACAAAUUGUAAUCUCCCAAUUAAAAUUUUUUAUAAAAGAAUGGAUGCUAUAUCCACAUGGUCAUUAUUGUGGAAAACGCACGUGUCACUCUCGAGGCACCCUUGAUCUUGAUGGACGGUGAUACUGAGCCAGAAAUCGACGGACCACAGCCCAGUUGUGGAAUUUAUAAUGGGCCGAUCCAUGGGCUUAUCAAUUUGAGUCGGUAUCUGCGGAUCCGAACUUGAGAUCGGUCGCGUCGGACCACUUCCUUUCCCGCGCUCGCUCCUUCAAUAAAAAGGAGCUGCAGACCCGUCGUUUGUUUGUACGCGUAUCGCCCUCGCCUACGGAAGAGGGAAGGGAAGAGAGAUCGGCAGGGAGAGUGCGGAGGAGGGGUCGCUAGCGCACUAGAUGGCCUGCGAUCCAAAGGAUGACGUCGAUCGGCUCUUCGCCUGCUUCAAGUGCGGGAUAUCUACUCCUGAAUCCGCGAUCAAGGAAAGACGUCUGCACCCGGAGACAUCCAAGAAAGCCGGCUUGGUGAGAGGGAAGGCGUCUACGGUUGUUGGAAUUGCUACGUCGAGCUUGUCUGAACAAUGUGGGCAGGAUUCAACAGGGAAAGAGAAGCUUGGUGCAUGUACAUCUGUAGCAAUUAAACUGAAAAGUGGAAAGCAGAUCUCUCCUAUUGUCUUUUAUGGUUCCCCACAUGGUGCUCCAAUUAAAAGACCAUCACGAUUGUUGCGAUUGUUGCAUGAAAUUCGUAUUGAUCUUAAGGAAGAUAAUGAUUUGAUAGUAAGGGAAGAAUUAUGGACUACUUUUCCAAGGCAAGAGGAAGCAAUCAGAUUCUUAAAAGCACAUGCACAAGCUAAACUUUUUAGUUAUCAAGAUCACUUGAGUGGUCAGAGAAGGUUCCUUGUCUCUACAUACAGUGAGUUCUGGAGAAGGUAUAGAUGUAUGGACCCAAAGUUACGCCAUCACUAUGAAGUCAUUAAAGAGGGUUUGCCUUGCCACUUAUAUUUUGAUCUGGAAUUUGAUAAGACAGUCAAUGCUGACAAAAAUGUAGAUGACAUGGUUGACAUCUUGAUGUCUGUGACUUUCGACAUCUUAUUUGACAAAUAUGCAAUUGAAGCAAAUGAUGGGUGGAUUAUAGAGCUUGAUUCAUCUACCACAAAAAAGUUUUCACGCCAUGUGAUUAUUCGCAUACCAAAGGUUGCAUUCAAGGACAACUCACAUGUUGGUGCAUUUGUUUCGGAGGUAUGUUCUCGCAUUACCAGUCAAAGAGGAAGUGAUCCACAACUCGACAAACUGUAUGCCAGGAAAGAUUCUAGCUCUUCUGAUUUUCAGCUUUUCCUUGAUAGUGCUGUCUAUUCUCGAAAUCGUUGUUUCCGUCUAGUUUUCUCUUCAAAGGCUGGGAAAAAUUCAUUUCUUUUGCCAACCAGACGUUUCAAAUGUAAGGAUAUGACUGAACAGGAAGUGUUCAUGGAAUCACUUAUUUGCAGAAUGGACAGUGAUUGCAAUAAACUUCUAAAAUGUCAAAUUGAUAUAGAUUGCAAGAAAACUUUGUACUUUGAUUUUGAGGUUCAACAACAAACUUCGGAUGCUCUGCAGCACACUGCACUGAAUGCUUAUAGGAGUGAUUUCCCAACCACUUACUCCUCUGGAAAAUCACCAUUUCCAGCUUUAGAUGCUUUUGUGGAAUUCAUAGCAUCUUCAGGAAAUGUUUUAGGUAAAAUACAAAGUUGGUAUUGGUUUUCAGCACAUGGCUUAAUUGUUUACAGUAUGUUGAGAAAUAGAUACUGUGAGCGGAUUGGUAGAGAACACAAAAGCAAUCAUGUUAUGUAUAUCGCUGAUCUCCAUAGAGCUAUUUAUUACCAGAAGUGUUAUGACCCUGAUUGUAAAGGUUACCGGUGUCCUUUGCGGCCAUUACCACAUGAUGUGAUCCCCAGUGAUAUUUUACUGUUCGAUUCUACUCAGAGAAUAAAUUAUAGGGAAGAUUUGGACACCAAUUUCGGUCUUGAACUUGAUGGAAGUCACAUGGAACAUUAUUCAUGUGAUGGUGAUGAGUUGGUUACUGAUAGCUGCAACAUGGAAAGCAGCUGGUGGCAGGAAGCCAUGACAUAUGCAGAUCGCAUUGAGAAUAUGAAAAAUGCACCCGAAUUUAAAAUAUUGCAGAACGAGGAAAAUGUUGUAGAUUGCAGUUGGUGGAUGGAUGUGGAAAAGCUGGCCUCACAGGUUGAAGGACAGCUUGGGUGAUCCAUGGCUAAUAGUUUGUUAUCAUGUCAUGUACUGUAGCUAAUGGGCUAAAAGUAUUAUGUGGGCACCUGAUUGAUUUCGCAUCCUAUCUUCCCAUUCUGUAUUUCUACGAGCAGUUACGACACGGAGAGUCACCACUAUAAGAUCAUGCUUAAACAAAAGGAAGUUGCAGUGCUUGUAUGUCACAUCUUACUGCAAUUCUAUUUUCCUUGUGGGGUUACAUCAUGCUGCAAACGCUGAAGAGCUGCUCUUUUUCUCCUCACGUUGGGAUUUUCCUUGAAAUCGAAGAGCAACCCAGAUAUUGGCAGCUUAGGAAUCCUUAUGAGCUGUCAUAAUCAUGUGGUUUCGAAUUCUAACAUGUAAUUAGUUUUCUUAAAGAAUUAGGUUAAUUAUCUUUUAUAGAUCCAAGCGUUUGUAUAUCCAAAGAAACAGUAUGCACAAAAGAUCUUAUACCACAGAGAUGUGUUAUAUAUUUACAGAGCGCAUCCGUUUGUGUAAUACUCGCGUUCCUUCGCUUCUCGCUGCGCCGUACGUACGUAAUACGAGUGGGGAGGGAUUUUGCUGCCGCUGCUGGUGUUGCCGUUACCGUGGUUAUUACUACUACCAUUGCAAUUUGAAGGCACGGUUAGGGAGGUAUUGUGUUGUGGUGGUCUUGCGACGGCGAAGAUACAACGCGAAGCGAAGAGGGCGGAAGGGAGAUGGGAUCACUUCUCGGCGACUGGCCGUCCUACGACCCCCACAACUUCAGCCAACUCCGCCCCGCCGAUCCCUCCGCCCAACCCUCCUGAUAUCAAAUGAAGCCAGAAAUAUUCUUCUGAGGCAUUUCUAUCAGAAGUCAGAAGAGAAGUUUCGACCAAAAAGAGCUGCCUCGGAUCACCUGACAUCCGAACACAAUUGCAAGCAACCCAGAGCUGCCUACGCUGAU